GCGGAAGUGGGGAUGUUUACACUCUUGUCGCUUCCGCAGCGUGUAAGCUAAGCGGCGGCAGAGAUCACACGCAUGUUUCCUCGCGCUGUUCGUGCCACAAACAGCGCGUUCACGGUGUUUGUUCGGUUCUUGGGUGAAGGAGUGACGUUUAUCCGUUCACCUGAACUCCGCCUCCCUCGGUGCUACGCCCCGCCUCCCCCGCAGGGCGGCGCCACAGGUCGUUCCUCCUGCACAGACGCACGGAUGCCUCCAAAACACAAAGCGGUCAAAGGUCAAAGGCGGGCAGGUGGAGCAGCAGAGCCUGAAGGUUCUGGUCCAGUGUCUCGACACAAAAGUGGAGCAGUUACCGUUUCAGUCCACGCCAAGCCGGGUUCUAAACUCAGCGGCGUCACAGAUGUAUCUGCAGAGGCGGUGGGCGUGUCCAUCGCAGCCCCGCCCACUGACGGAGAAGCCAACGCCGAGCUCAUUCGCUUCCUGGCACAAGUUCUGCAGCUGAAGAGGAGUCAAGUCUCUCUGGACAAGGGCUCCAGGUCCAGGGACAAAGUAAUCAGGUUGGACUCGUCCCUCAGUCCUGACGAGGUGCUGGUGAGACUCAGAGAGGCUGCGGGCUGACAGAGGGGUCAGAGGUCAGGGGACGUGUGUGUGUGUGUGUGUGUGUGUCUUCUCCAUUCAUUAAACACUAAAGUCAAAGAUCAUAA